UUUAAAGUGAAAUAAACUGGAUGCGGGCGAAGUUGUCGGUCUUGUGGAUUUUCUAAAUUGUGGAAUUUUCUUUACUCAACCUUUGAACAUGGUCGACCCAAAUCGUAAAAUUAACCGCCUAACGGAGAAAGAUAUCGAGUUCUUAGAUGAAUGCCAGGAGGAAUUCUCGAAUCGCUUUACUGACGAGGACGCUGAUUUUUAUAAUCACUGCUCGAAACCGCUCGCUGACCCACCAAUAGUUGAAAAUUGGGGCUAUUCUGGGUCCAGCAAUAGCUACCGCGGUUCUUCUGGGCAACGAAACAGUUAUGGAGGUGGCAACAAAUAUAAUCGCGGAGGUUGGAAUAAACGCAGCCGAGAUCAUGCUCAUGGCAGAGGAUUUCGCGUCGGCGGAGGUCAAUCGUACAGACAUAACCGACUUUUCAACGAUAACCACAACGACAGAAACUUCCGUGGCGGCAAUGGUCGUGAGGAGCGCCCGCAUCAACCAAUAAAUGUACGAAGAGACUAUGGAAAUUUUGUCCCUGCCUCUAAAGAUUAAUCGAAAACUAAGACUUCAGCGUAUAAUUAACGCUAUAUUUAACCAAAAUAUCUUAAAUGUAGAAUACCUACAAUUCCCAAAUUAAAAAAAUUUAUAUUAGGAUCGAUAUGAUCGUAA